AUGAGGUAUCAAGAGCCUCUUCCUUCAUUUGGCCUUUCCACCGGUAGAACGGCAGACGCCAGCGCAAAUCUUGCGCUGCUGUCUGAUUGGUCUGCCCCUUUUCUUUUCACCAACCCGUCUCAACCUAGUUCAGUUCAGCGAUACUCCAGUUCUAGCAACUCGGGAGUAUCUCCAACCUCGGUCACCAUUCCCGCUCCACCUGCUCGUCAAGAUCCUUCCCAACAUCCUCCGUCACGCAAGCGUCCCAUAAAAGAGCCGUCUGGUGACACAUCUGUACCAUCACAAGCGGCCUCACAAGCCACCCAACCCGCUCAGGCAGCUCCUGCCGCUGCCUCGUCUUCGACCAAGCGAGCGCGCUUCGAGAGCUCAAGCGGUGGAGCCCCCUUCACGCCCUCUUCCUCCACCGCCAGCACUUUGAUUCACACCAGCGCACCGCUCACUCCGUUCCAAGACGCGCUUGCCGGCCCUCACUACGUUCCUCUACCUCCUACUCGUGCCAUCUCUACUUCCAGGGCCUACCCGCCGCCUCAAUCCGCCAGCAGCACUGGCUCCCAGUCUCAUCUCCCAACUGAUCCGCUUGCCCCGCACAGCAAUCCCGAAUCACCCGCCACUUCCAGCUCGGCUCCAGCUCCUCGACAAUCUUCAUCCACCAGGAUGUUGAUCUCUGACGAGUCGGUCAGGGCGCUCUACUUUGCGCCCACGCCCAUGCUCGUCCUCGAUCACAACAGACGCAUCCGUAUGAUGAAUCGCCCAUGUGAGAGCAUCUUUCUCAUGACUGGCGUCAGUUGCAUGGGUCAGAUGAUGGAAAAGCUCAUCAUCGAAAAUCACCGUGCCGACUUCUACACAGCAAUCCAAGAGGCAUCGCAGGUCCGAGCCACCGCUGCUUGGGCGCCACCCGUGCUCACCCGUCUCACCUUUCUUCAGGACGAUCAGAAGAUGUUUUCCGCAGACAUGGCCAUCUCGGCUUGGCAUCCUACUGACGAAGUCUUCUCCGAAACUUUCAACAGCCAUUUCGCAAAGAGUCUCACAUCCGACGCCGAAAAACAAGCCGGAAACGAGCAACCUCCCUUUACAACACCCAAUCGCUCCGAUUCUAUCGAGUCCAGAGGCGCUCCACUUCCGCACGAGUCGUACUUCACCAUCAGCAUCGUACCCACUCGUCUUGCCGAGCGACGCAUGAGUCCAGCCGACUUGCAGCUCAGCAAGGCCGAACAACUCAAGGAGGGUGUCUUUCACACCAUCGAGACUGCCAUCAUGGCUCUCUCAUCCGACGGCUCCACCGUGAUCCGCAACCGCGCCUGUGAUGAGAUGCUCAAGAUGUUUGAAAAAAAAAAUCCCCAAGACAAGCCCAAGAAACAAGAGCAACCCAAGCCCCACAAAGAGGGCGUCGAAGUCGAUCUUUCCUGGCUCUCCGACGUCAUGGUCUGCUACACCGAGGACUUCAGCGAGCCAUUCCCCGAGCAAAACUGGCCCAUCUAUCGUGCCGCCAUCCUUGGACAAUUCACAAAGCCUGUCCGAAUCGGUUGCGUUGCCACCGACACCGGCGUCCGUCGCGUAUAUGAGAUCGUUGCUAAGCCAAUUCGCGAUGCUGGAGGCUUCGGACAUCACAUUGGUGGCGUCAUCACUCUUGUCGAUGUCACAGACACGGAGAAAAAGUAUCGCCUCGAGGUCGAGAAGAAGGGUGAGGAAUAUUUCCGCACCAUCUGCGACAGCAUGCCCCAAAUGCUCUGGACCGCGGGCCCCGAUGGCACCGUCGAUUGGUUCAACGAAGGCUGGUACCGUUUCACGGGUCUCGACUCGCAGACUCUCUUCAGCCUUGGCUGGCAACAAUGCUUCCACGAAGACGACAUGGCCGAAACCAAUGCUCACUGGUCACAUUCUUUGCGCACUGGCGAGCCAUAUCAAGUCAUGUACCGAGCCAGGAGGCACGACGGUGUCUGGAAGUGGAUGCUUGGUCGCGCUUUGCCUGUGCGCGAGCCGGGUUCAAAUAAAGUCAUCAAGUGGUACGGCAGUUGCACGGAUUGCGACAGCGAAGUCAAGGCGCUCGAAGCGUCGCGCAAAUCCCAAACACAGCUCACAAGCGUCAUUAACCACGCCCACGUCACCAUCUGGGCCAUCGACCUAGAUGCCAUCAUCACCAUUGCCGAAGGACCGGGUGUGCGAUCCUUGCGGCUCGCCCCCGGCACGCCGAAUGGCUCGGACGGAGAUGGCUCGGGCUCGGGCUCGGGCAACUCGCUAUCUGGAUCGCUUGGUGCUGGCACCGUCAAUGCCCGCAGUGACGAGAGCAAGGACGCAGAGUCGCAGACCAACAGCCAGAGUGUCGUCAGCGGCCCAGGCAAACGUGCAGCGCAACGGAGCAUGAUUGGCCGUAGCAUCUACGAGGUCUGGGAUUCGCCCGGUAUUCGAGAAGCCAUCGGCCGUGCCCUCAACGGCGAGUCGGUGGUUCAGGAAAUGGAGAUCGAGGGUCGCUGGUUCCGUACACAGUACACUCCUCAGCGCGAAGAAUCGUACGAUCAUGAGGCCAACGAGGGGACCAUCAUUGGUGUCGUUGGUGCCUCGAUGGACAUUACUGACCGACGACGUGCCGAGCUCAAGCUUGAGGAAUCCAUGCAUGAGAGGUCACGUGCCCUUGCGGCUGAGACCGCCGCCAAAGAAGCUAGCCGCAUCAAGUCCGAGUUCCUCGCCAACAUGAGCCACGAGAUUCGAACCCCUAUUGCCGGUGUCAUCGGUCUCUCGGAGCUACUUUGCGAUACGCAACUCUCCCAGGAGCAGCGCGACUUUGCGGAAAACAUCCAGCGAUCCGCCGACGCGCUGCUCACGGUCAUCAACGACAUUCUCGAUUUCGAAAAGCUCGAGCUUGGUAAGAUGGAUCUCGAGAAGACCGCCUUCAACCUCAACGUGGUCAUCAUGGACACGCAAAAGAUGUUGACGUUUGCUACUCAAAAGAAGGGUCUCGAAUUCCGCAACGAAUGUCAGCUCAACUUUACGGGUCAGAUUGUUGGCGAUGCAGGCAGGCUGCGGCAAGUGUUGACCAAUUUGCUCACCAACGCAAUCAAAUUCACCGCCGUCGGCUCCAUCACGCUUCGUGUCAUCGAGACUUACGAGGACCAGAAGAGCCUCCACGUACACUUUGAGGUGCGCGACACGGGCUGUGGUAUCUCACAAGCUACUCUCAAGAGGCUCUUCCAGCCAUUCAGUCAAGCCGAUCCCUCCUUUGCACGCCGCUUUGGCGGCACGGGCCUUGGUCUGUCCAUCUGCAAGAACCUCGUCGACCUCAUGGGUGGUACCAUUGGCCUCGAGUCGGUCGAGAACAAGGGGUCAAACGCAUGGUUCAGCAUCCCGUUCGAGAAAGUGCAAACGCUCGAGUCGAGCGGCGACUCUUCGCCUGACGAAGAGGCGAUCCCCGAGAUCCAGAUGGACGAAGCAACCAGCACCCUGGGUGUCAGCGAAAACCCAUUGCAACGACCCAGGAAGGAUAUCUGGAUUUUGGUGGCCGAGGACAACCUCAUCAACGCACAGAUUGCCCUCAGGACGCUCAAAAAGAUGGGCUUCAGCUGCAAAGUGGCCAAAGAUGGCCUCGAGGCGAUCGACGAGGUGGGCAAGCGCUCGUACGAUCUGAUCCUCAUGGACUGUCACAUGCCCAACUGCGAUGGAUACGAAGCGACCAAGCGGUUGCGCAAGUCGGAUAGCGUCGACAUCCGCACGACCCCCAUCAUUGCCAUGACCGCCUCGGCGAUUCGCGGUGACCGUGAAAAGUGUCUGGCAGCGGGUAUGUCAGACUACCUCUCCAAGCCGGUCAAGAGUGCUGCACUGGAAUCGACACUGGUUAAAUGGCUAUUUGAUCCUUCCACUCGACAGAGUCUCUCGAGGUACGUUGCGCCGCCCAUGCACGGCGACUACUUUGGCUCAAAGAGGCCAGGGGGAGGACUCGAGAUCACCAUUCCAGGCCCUGGCGAGCCUGGCUCACCACCCCGGCUGAUCGAGCGCGACUCAACUGAAACGGUGAUGGGGCCACACUCGAUUCAAUCCGGACGCCGCGGCUCGUUCAACCCGAUUGCCGAACGUGAAGCUGUCGCCGCUGAGAUUGCGGCUUCCGCCACACCGGUGGGAGGGGUGUCGUCGAGAUCGGUCGAAUUUGCCAGUCUGAGCUCCGAAGCUGGCAGCGCGACGCCAGAAGUGAUCUCGCAUGAGGGUCACAGUGCUAUUAGCGCAAGCGAUGAAGAUGGCGCCUCUGGCGCUGAAGGUAGCUCCAAGGCGACGCCCCAACUUGGCAAGAGCAGCAAGCGUCGACUGUUGCGCAAAGGACCAGUCAAGGUGAUCGCCGAGGAUGUCGUACCGACCAAGCUUCGACCGGCACCUAAAGUGCUCUCUGCGCCCGAGUUGGCCCUGGCUGGGAAACCACCGAUCUUUGUGCGUCGAUCGUCACGCGAACAGGGCGGCUUGGGACGCGAUCUGGAGGGCGAAGUGGUGCGCGCCAUGGAAGACGGCGCUGACGGUCCUUCGCUCGGCGUUGCCAUGGAGGAGCGACCAGAGGAAGAAUUGACCGAGGCAGAAGCAGGUCACAUCCACGUCACUGCCUAG